AUGGAGUCUCAAGCCAACAGGCCUCAUCGGCCCUCGAAAGAGAAAAAGCAACCCAAAAAGGGGGAAAAGAAUGUCAAGGCCUUCGCCGUCGCAAGACCAGGGCGACUUGCAAAGCAGGCCGUGCGGUCCAGCGAUAUCAAAGAAAAGCGCCUCCAUGUGCCUCAAGUCGACCGAAUUCCAGAAGAAGCCCCUCCCAUCGUCGUUGCCGUCGUCGGCCCUCCCGGUGUCGGAAAAACUACUCUCAUUAAGAGCCUGAUCAGGCGUUAUGCAAAACAAACGCUGUCGCACCCGACAGGGCCUCUUACAGUGGUGACCUCCAAGAGAAGGCGCCUCACCUUCCUCGAAUGUCCCUCCGACUCGCUCGCCGCCAUGAUCGACGUUGCGAAGAUAGCCGAUAUUGUCCUCCUCAUGAUUGACGGCAACUACGGUUUCGAGAUGGAGACGAUGGAGUUUCUGAACGCCUUGAGUGUUUCUGGCAUGCCAGGAAAUGUUUUUGGCAUUCUCACACAUUUGGAUUUGUUCAAAAAACAGAGCACGCUCCGUGCGGCCAAAAAGAGAUUAAAGCAUAGGUUCUGGUCGGAGCUGUACCAUGGCGCAAAAUUGUUCUAUUUGUCUGGUGUGAUCAAUGGGAGAUACCCCGACCGCGAGAUCCACAAUCUGUCGAGGUUUCUCUCGGUCAUGAAGAAUCCGAGACCCUUGAUAUGGAGGAACAGUCACCCGUAUUGUCUCGCAGACCGUUUCCUGGAUGUGACGCCACCUACCCAGAUUGAAGAGAACGAAAAAUGCGACAGACAGGUGGCACUGUAUGGCUACCUUCGGGGCACAAACUUUCCGGCGGAGGGCGCCCGAGUGCACAUCCCGGGUGUGGGAGACUUGACUGUCAAGCAAAUUGAAGCUUUGCCUGAUCCUUGUCCAACGCCGUUCCUCGACCAAGCGAUAGCCAAAGCAAGCGGCAAAUCUCACCGUCGAAAGUUGGGAGAGAAGCAAAAGGUUUUAUUUGCGCCUAUGUCUGAUGUUGGUGGCGUUUUGGUUGAUAAAGAUGCCGUCUACAUAGACGUGAAGACGAAUACGUUUGACCGGGACGCAGAAGAUAUCGAGGAGAGAGGGCUAGGCGAACAACUUAUGAUGAGUCUACAAUCAGAACGGAGGCUACUUGGACAGGUGGAUAGUGGUGUACGGCUGUUUCAGGGCAGUCGACAGCUUACUUCUAAUGAUACCGCAGAAAACGAUACUGGCCGCAAGACAAUGAGGGGUAUCCGCGCGUUUGAUGACAAUGGCGAUUUGGCUGAAGACGUCGAAGAGGAAGAUGACGAAGAUGAAGGAUUCACGAGUGGGGAGGACGAUGAAGAAGCAGCUGAAGAGGACAUCAACGGCUUCCCCGAGCAUACGGGCAGACCUGGGUUCAUCGUGAAAGAUGAUUCUGACCAGCGUGAAGGUGUAGAUGAUGUUGCAUUUGCUGAAAGCGACUCCGAUAUGGGCUCUGUUUCAGAUGACGACGACGGCAGCAGAGAUCUCUUGGCCGAUGAACUUGAGGCCUCCGAAGACGAGGAUGAGGACGAUGGAGGUCUGCGAUGGAAAGAGAAUCUCGCUGAGAGUGCUCGCAACUUGCAUUCCACCAAAGUCGCGUUCCGAGCUGCCGAUCUUUCCAGAUUGAUGUAUGACCUCAGUCUGUCUGCCUCCGAAGUUAUUUCAAAAUGGGCAGGACGAAAGUCGGAACACGAGGUGGCUGCCGAGGAGGGUGAAGUUGAAGACGACGUUUUCUUUAAGAAAGCGAAGACUGAUCAAGAAACCAACCUAGAGGAUCGGCAGACGCCAAAGUACGACUACGACGCGUUAGCGGAGAAGUGGGAAGACGAUGCGCAUAUUCAGUCGCUUAUGUCCCGUUUCACUAAAGCCUCACUUUCUACUGGUGGUAAUGCAGAUUCAGGAGCUGAAGGCGAUGAAAAUGGAGGUGACGAAUCUUCCGAAGGAGAUGGCGAAUUCGAAGACCUGGAAGAUGCAGCAGAUGAGGAUUCGGGAGCUACAGCUGAUCUCACGCUUGAGGAAGAGCGGGCCAAAAAUGCCAAACGCAAAGAAGAACUAAAGCUACGCUUCGAGGAAGAAGACCGAGAAGGCUUCGCCAAUGCAGUAAAGAAGGAUAUCGAGGCAACAGAGCAAGAGUUCGGGGAAGACGAAUGGUACGACGCCCAAAAAGCAAUGCUCCAGAAACAACUCGACAUCAACCGAGCAGAAUUCGACAGCCUCGACCCCAUCUCGCGAGCAAGAGCCGAAGGUUUUAAAGCCGGAACAUACGCGCGGAUAGUGUUGGACCAAGUGCCUUUCGAAUUUGUGCGGUCGUUCAAUCCAAAGCUACCCGUCAUUGUCGGCGGACUGGCGCCAACUGAAGAUCGCUUUGGGUUUGUGCAGGUCCGCAUCAAACGACAUCGGUGGCACAAGAAAAUUCUCAAGACGAACGACCCACUGAUCUUCUCGCUCGGCUGGCGGCGGUUCCAAACAUUGCCUCUCUACUCAAUAUCGGACUCGCGGACCCGCAAUCGAAUGCUAAAAUAUACACCCGAGCAUAUGCACUGCUUUGGCACUUUCUACGGACCACUCGUUGCUCCGAACACGGGAUUCUGCUGUGUUCAAUCAUUCUCAAACGCCAAUCCAGGGUUCAGGAUAGCUGCAACCGGAGUGGUGCUGAACGUCGAUGAGACCACCGAGAUUGUCAAGAAGCUCAAGCUGACCGGGUACCCGUACAAGAUCUUCCGCAACACGGCCUUCAUUCGCGACAUGUUCAAUUCGUCGCUGGAAAUUGCAAAGUUUGAAGGAGCUGGCAUUCGUACAGUUUCUGGCAUUCGUGGACAGAUCAAGAGAGCUCUAAGCAAGCCUGAAGGGCAUUUUCGAGCGACAUUCGAGGACAAGAUUCUCAUGUCUGAUAUCGUUUUCUUGCGGGCAUGGUAUCCUGUGAAACCGCAUCGGUUUUACAACCCAGUCACCAAUCUCCUGGAUGCCCCUCCCACAAGUGGUGCAGAAGCCGGGGAGGAAAGACAAGGCCUUGACGACGGAUCCAGCGGAUGGCAGGCCAUGCGUCUGACUGGCGCCGUGCGAGCAGCGAUGGGUAUACCGACCCCACUAGUGAAAGAUUCAGCGUACCACAAGAUUGAUCGGCCAGUUCGACAUUUCAAUCCCCUGAGGGUUCCACGGACGCUGGCCGCGGACCUUCCGUUCAAGUCGCAAAUCACCCAACAGAAGGCACGCAAAGCACCGACGUAUCUCCAGAAAAGAGCAGUUGUUUUGGGCGGAGAAGAGAAGAAGGCACGGGACCUCAUGCAAAAGCUACAAACCUUGAGGAAUGAGAAAGCGGAGAAGAGGGCGAGGAAGCAGGAAGAAAGACGGGCCGUCUAUCGCAAGAAGGUGGCUGAGAACCUAGAGAAGAAGGAAGAGCGAGAGAAGAGAGAGCGAGACGAGUUUUGGAGACGGGAGGGACGAAAGCGGAAGACGAACGAGGGCAACGGUGGAGGAGGGAAACGGUCUAAACGAUGA